UUAAUUUUAGGGAAUGCAAUAAAGGUGAAAUAAUCUCUUCGUAUAAUAAUAAUUUUUAAGAAUGUUAAACUUGUGAUGAAGGUAAAUACUCUCUAGACUUUUCUGGGUGUUAUUCAUGCCCUUCUGGAGGUGAAUGCACUAGAGGAGUAAUUCUUUUAAAGCAAGGUUUUUGGAGAGAAGAACAAUACAGCUCAGAUAUUAUUGAAUGUACUAAUAGAUUGGAAAAUUGCAUAGGAAAUUCAUAUGGAAAUGCUGUUUGUAUAGAAGGGAAUAUAGGGCCCUUGUGUGAAGAAUGUGAUGUGUAUGGUACUUAUUGGAAAACUAGUUAUACAAAAAAAAAUAAAUUUGAGUGCAUAAAAUGUAAAGAAUAGACAUACAAUUUAUGGAAAUUAUUUUUAUCUAUAUUAUGGAUAUUUUUUGCUGUGUAUCUCACUGUUAGGAGAGACAAAAAAAAUUAAAGAUUAAGGUUAAUUGUAAAUGCCUUUUAUAAAAAAAAUGUAUACACAUUUAUGGAUAGAUAAAAGACCCUUCUCUAUGAGUAGAAAUCAAAAAUCUAUAUGAAGAUUUUUGUUAAUUAUAUUUAGAUUGCCUCUGCAGCUGUCUCAUUUAAUUUAAAUAUAGGAGCAUAUGUAAUAGAUGCAAUUUCUUACUUAGGAGUGCCUAUUUCUACAUCUAUUGACUACUUAGAAUGUUUAAUAAAAGAUUUAAAUUCUGACAUUCCCUUGAUUUAUUUGAAAUUGAUUGUUUCCAUUCUAUGCCCUUUAGCUAUUUUGUUAGUUUACUUAGUAUAUGAAGUAAUUAUAUAAAAGUGUUACUACAAGUCAACGCGUCUUUUUUCUUACUCAGUAUAUACAGCAUCAAUAUUUUUAUUCCUUUAUGUAUAACCAGACUUAGUUUCUUAAAUGAUUGGCCUUCUUUCCUGUAGAAAAAUAAUGAACACAGAUUACAUAUUAAUUAAUAUGAAUUAUUAAUGCUACACAGAUACAUAUAAAUUUUACAGUAUAGCCUUAGUUCUACCUUUUUUGAUAUUGUGUACUAUUGUUUUACCUGCUUUUCUAUUUAUUUAGAUUUAUAUUUCCUAAAGAAGACAUGGUUUAAAUGAUGUAAAAAUAAAUUUAAAAUAUGGGUUUUUAUUUUAAGAAUAUAAAGAUUCUGUCUAUUUUUGGGAGAUAAUUAAAAUCAUUCAAAAAAUUGUGAUAAUUAUUCUUCUGAACUUUUAUUCUUAAGUUGUAAUGGUGAAAGGUAUUUUAAUCUACUUAGUUAUUUUGUUUUAUGGAGUGCUAUCAAAUAAAUACAAGCCUUACUAAUAAGAUUAAUUAAAUAAAAUUGAUAAUUAUUCAACUUAAAUUUGUGCUUUCACAAUAUUGCUUUGUGUCUUCAUUAACAAUAAUUAAUACAAUUAUUUGAAAAUUGGCUGUUUUAUAAUAAUAGUUUUGAUUAACUCAUUUUUUAUCAUUUACAUAGCUCUAAGAAUACUAAAAGACAAAUAUAAUUAAGUCAUUAAUCUAUUGUUUAAAGUUUUUGAAAAAUACCCAUCAAUACAAAAAUACUUUAAAUAAAGAAAGAUAAAAAUAAAUCCUGCUUUAAAGCAAAAGAUCAGAUCAUCUUUAAAAGAGUUUGCAAAGUUAAAUCAAAAUUAAAUUAAGGAAAUGCUCUCUUCUAUUAGAAAUACAAAAACAAACUUAAGUCCUACUAAGUAGCUAGAUUCUAUACCAAAUAGUCACAGAUAAAUGUUGAGCAUUGAAACAGACAGCUCUAAUUUUAAUACAUAGAUGAUUAACAGUUAAACAGAAA